AUGCCACCCGAAGGAAGCACGAGGGCUGGGAUAUUGCCAGGUUGCCCAAGCCUAGACAGAGGAAGUCGAGUGGCGGAGGUUGGAUUCGAACCACGGACCUUCUGGUCAGUAAAUUCGCGCUCUAACCACUUGGGCCAUCUCGCUCAAAGUCGAUCUCAUUCGCGUAGGAUUGCCUAUGUCUGUCUGAAAAUCCUGAAGUUGUUCCGCCUAGAUUUCCCAGUCUCGUCCAAUGGAUUAUUAUUCAAGCGGACCGCCUCCGAAUAUCGUAGAGCCACCCAAACUUGUCAGACAGAUCCAACAGCUGGGAACACAGUACUUCCGACCACCACUUCUGAAGACUUCAGACCUUUUAUUCGACGGUUACCCGAACUACUGGAAAAAAUGCCUUAUCACCCGUUUGCUUUCAGGCAUACCUGUACUGUUGCGAUCGCUCUUUCGUUGUUCUGUACGGCAUUCGAGUUUCUUGAUGUGCCAGUAUUUUGGCCUAUAUUAGUGCUGUACUUUCUACUUCUGUUCUAUCUUACAAUGAAGCGACAGAUAAUGCACAUGAUAAAGUAUCACUACUUACCGUUCACCUAUGGCAAGCCACGUCAUCAUUCGUCGACUGCUGGACACAAAUGAAACAUUUUCGAACAACAGCAUGACCGGUUGAAAGAACUGUUCAAUUAAAUUUUCCCGAGAACCUGUUGAGAAUCUCUGUCUCCAACACCGAGCCCCCUCUCCCCCUCUUUCUCCAGCUCCUCAAAGUGCUUUAUCUCAGUUAUAUGACCACCAGCGUACCUUGAAUAUCAAUUUUCACUAUUAUCACCACCGGGUAAUGUGGAUGUUUCGUUGCACAACCGGCUGAGGUCUUGGUCUAACUGAAUCAAGCUCCGCAGCCUCGAAUACGAGACUUCUGUUUGUGUGAUUCUCUCAAAUGUGAAUAUCUUCGUGGUGUCAUCCCGCGUUUCCCUGAACAUACACAGCAUGCGGAAUCAGCCGUGUACCUAUUUUGUUCAGCUUCUAUCCGCCUGUCGUCUAUUAUCACGGUAAUCACCGCUAGAUGGUAUUUGUUUGCUUUGUACACCAUUACCGCCGGGCUAAACAUUCAUUUUAUCUUAUGUUUUUUUUUCAAUAAAUUUCUUAGUGUUCGUUUUGUUCUGGUGCAGAAGUAACCUAGCAGCCUUUGUUCUUCAUACCACAUAAAUUGCAUUACUUGUUUCAUGCCCCAACCUUACACAUGGCCCUAAUAAUGCGUGGAAUUCUUUAAUCAUUUAUAUGCAGUUGUUUCCUCUUCCGCUUACUCCUCACUAAUGCUACCUUGCUGUGCUCGCGUGCAUCGAUGAUAACCUGAGACUCGAACUUUCAAAAGACCGUUGUGAGAACGAGUGAAAUUCGCUUCCAAACUAGGUUUUCCUUGUCUUGCGGCACACU